AUGGAAUUGGUGACGGAGGAGACAAAGGAGACGUCAGCAGAGGCGGGGAGUGGAGGCAGUAGGUUUUGGUGGGACCAGAACAUGAAGUUGCAUGAACUGAAACAGCACAAGACAUCUUUGGAGGAGCGGAGUCCUUUGUAUUUUUUUUCUGUAAUUAUUCUCUUCCCUAUUUUACUCACUGCAAUCUAUUCAAUCUUCUGGAAACAAACCCUAGUGGGUCAUUCAUUGAUGGGGGGGCUUGUCAAUAACUUGUCUGGCUUAUUGAGGACAUCACAUGAUAUGACAUGCAGCCCUUUCUUGUCUCAGCAGCAAAGGACCUUCAUACAGAUGGGGACUAUUCUCCAAGUCGCAGACAACUCAGGGGCGAAAAAGGUGAGGUGCAUACAAGCUUUGAAUGCAAGCAAGAAGGGGGCAAGAUUGGGAGACACAAUCAUCGAGCGAAAACAUCAGAAAGAAGAGAAGAAGAAAAUAACGGGGAAAGGAGCCGUGGUGUAUGCCGUGGUUGUUCGUGCUGCCAUGCAACGAGGCCGUUGUGAUGGGAGCGAGGUCAAGUUUGAUGACAAUGCUGUGGUGCUUGUUGACAAAAACAGUAGGCAGCCGCUUGGGACUAGAGUAUUUGGACCCGUCCCGCAUGAGUUGCGGAAGAAAAAGCAUCUGAAGAUUCUUAGUUUGGCGCAGCAUGUUGCCUGA